GGAGGAAGUGAUUUAACAGAUUAGAGGAGAGGCGCUAUGGGAAAGAUGAUGACGGAGAAUCGCAGACCAGCUGGCGCUGAGAAGUAAACUCAUGCUGUUCAGCUGUUUUUACUCCAGCAAAAAUAGACCCCGCAGAUCGUGCACCGUCGUUGGUUUUGUUUUCAGUAACCAGCCACUUCGUCGUUCGUGUUGCCGAUGAUUUGUUUAAAAUCCUGUUAAUUGCAGAGGCCGUAAAUUGCUGGCGAUUUACAAGAAUCCGAUACGCUGCGUAUCAGGUUGUCGGUGAUAUUUGGACGACAUGGAAGAUUCUGCUAAAGAGUACGUGAUCCAGUCCUUUGACAAGGAGAUCCAGUAUCUCCUCAAAACGUCACUCAAAGAGCCCAGCAAAGUGGAUUUAGAGAGAGUUUCCAACAUAAUUGUGGACCAAUCUCUGAGAGACCCCAACUUUAGUAAAGAAGCAGGCCGGAUCUGUCACACCAUCGUCCAGGCAGAGGCUAAGGAGGCCAGUGCCAGUGUCUUCCGCCGCCACCUGCUAAAUCGAUUGCAACGAGAGUUCAUGGUCCGGGAAGAAACUCGCAACCGCUCCGUUCAGGAAUGGGUCCACUUUGUAACAUUCCUCUGCCAGAUCUUUGACUGUCUCAAGGUGAAUGACGUACCCAUGGUGGCCCUGGUGCAUCCCGUGUACGACUGUCUGUUUAGGCUGGCCCAGUCAGACUCGCUGCAGAACGAGGAGGAGGUCGACUGCCUCGUCCUGCAGCUGCACCUCAUUGGCAGGGAGCUGGAGGCCGUGAGUAUGCAGCGCAUGGAUGACCUCUUCCACCACCUACGCGACGGCUUCCUGCUGCACAAUGGUUUGGGAUCCGUGGUUCGGCUAUUCCUACUGGAGAUCCUGGAGUUCCGGGCUGGGGGGUGGAGCCUCAGUGACUCGGCACGCCAGUACUACUACAGCGAGGGGGCAGACUGAGAGCCUGGUGUUGGGGAGUGGGGGUUGCGGGUCAUAGGUUCUGACAGCCGCCUGUCAGUUUGAGCCAAUAGAGUGAUUGAGAUUGGUUUUGAAGCGGCCAUUUUGAUUUUGGAAACGGGCUUUGUCACGUUUGUGAUGGGCUGCCAGUCUAAGUGUCUGGUGCUAAAGUGGGUGGUGUGGAUGGCAGUACGGUAGGGUGGUGGAUGUCAAAAUUUAAGGAAGUUUCUGGUCAUUUCAGUUUUGGUGUUUUUGCCAUACGAAGAAGAGGUGCGAAUAUUCAUAACUUGGCAGAUCAGUACUAGUAUUCCAGUACUGACUUGUGACAGUGGUGACUAUUGAGCAAACUGGAUUAAUAGGACAGCGUAAACCAGGAAGAACAAAUCUCAGUUUUCAACAAUGGAAGAUUUGUCAGUGGGUGUGGUUUCAUUCUCUUUCAAAUGCUCAUUAAAUGUACUGGAUUUACGAGUGGGGGAGGCACUCUGCUACCAGUUUGAUAGUGGGUCCUCGUUGGCAGGGGGGCACACAUUGGUAGGUCAGAUUAGUCCCAGGACAGAGAAAAUGAAGACUCCUUGCACCUAAAUAUGACUUUUGCAAAGUUUCAGUACGCAGGUUUUCUAAUUGAACAGUACUGGUUAACUAAUAUGUUCUCACUCCUGUAAUAUACUGUACUAAAAGCCAGCAAUUAGAAUGCUUUGGGGAAUCGUGAGUGUGUUAAACUGUUUGGUUUUUGCUUAAUUUUGAUAUAUUACAGGUUGCAUUUGCAGUGACUCUGAGCUUCCCAGUAACAAUGGGUGACUCAAUCUUCACAUGGCAAAACUUUAGUACUUUGGUACUCAUAGAGCAGUAACAUACUGCAUUAAUCACUGUGGAACUCGCUUGGUUUAUGCCCAUGUAAGAAUCUAGACAAUCCUAAUGGUACGUACAGUAUGACAGAGCCAGUGUUUUGUGCUGGUUUUAUGGCCUGUCUGAAUCCCUGCAUUGCACUGAAACUCAGGGCAUUACUAUGGUAUUAUCUCAGUGGAACCAGCAGUUUUGAAAUAUUGUUUGGUUUGAACGCAUUUAUUGCGCUUUAGUUGUAUACAGCUUUCAUUUAUAGGCAUGGAAACUAAAAGGUACUUGAUGUUACGUUGUCAGAAUGCUGUGCAGCCAUACAGUAAUCGGUUGGACUUAAUCUUUGAAUGUUCUAGUUUGAAAUCCUAUGAAAAUUUAUUUAAAAUAAAGCUGCAUAUAUUUUGUUUGACAGAGAAAGAAGUAACUACAUUUUGGACAUCCUUGCAAGUAGGUGUAUUUCCAGAUGAAGGUUCAGUAUGUGUCCAGGCAGAAUCAGUGGGUAUUAAGAUGUCGGUGGUAGCUGGGAGAUUUCAUACUCGUAUGUUGCGGUGAGUUCUGCAGAAAGUCCAGUAUCUACUUCUGUCCUAUUUGUCUUAAGCUGUCAACUCGCUACCACAACUAGAGUUUUUUUUUUUUUCCUUUUUCUUUCCUACUGAAGUCUACCUGAUUUAUCUGUUACUAGUUGUUACUAAUGGUAUUUGAGACAUCUAAAAUCAGAGCUUCAUCCACACUGGUUUGAGAAGGAUUCAGAAACACAGGGUUAAAAGAGAGAUGUCAGCAUUUUCACCAGCAAAAAUAAAUGCCUAGUUGUCAGCUAUGAGGUUUUGUGAAGGACCGACAGCUGAAUCGCACUUAAGUGAGACUUAAAAUCACAAAUGUUACACCUUCACAGAACAGCUUUGUUAUAAAGCAGUAUUUUUAUAGAAAUGUCUGACUGGAUUUUGUUGUACCAAACAUUUAUGCAAAAUAAGAAAUGUUAUUCAGAAAA